CCCAUGUACAAUUUGCAACGUGUCCCCUCUGGACCACAAGCACUCCCACAAGCACAGCAGCGCGCUGUUUUGUUUGGUGUGUGUGCGUGUGUGUGCGUGUGUGCGUGUGUGUUUGCAGUCCGCAGCGAGUUGUUUCGUUUGUCCUCUCCCUCCCCCCCUCUUCUCUCUCUGGCGAGCGGACACACGUCGACGAGGUUCCCUUUCGUUUCGUAGCCACAAGCACGCACGCAAGCGGACACACCGCUGUACGCUGUUGCUUGUCGCCGCAAGAAACCAAGCAUGUGCGACGUUGAGGAGUCGGGGCACCUUCUCCGUGCAGAGAAGGCCAUGUCACUGUUCAGCCUCAUCACCUGCGCGAUCCCGCUCACCGUCAUUGCCAUCUGGAAGGACUGGAAGUUCACCCGGUCGCGCUUCGUCCUCGUCAUCUGCACCACCAGCUUCCUCAUUGCGCUGCUGUGGGUGGUGGCGACAUUUCACGAAGGCGACGCACAUUUCACGGGCAAGCUCACAUGUUUCUGGCGGGCCACGCGCGAGCUCUUUGUCUGGCUGCUCUUGACCGAGCUGACCGCCAUCAUAUGGUUCACCAUCUACUCUGUGAACAUCUUGGCGCCCAUCUCGCGCCACCUGGAGGCUGCCAUGCAUCUUGGUUGUGUCCUCGUCGCCUUCCUCGUCUUUGGGCUGUCCUUUGGGCUGUGCAAGAAGCGCGGUUGCUACACGGAGGAUUGGCCCACGCAACUCAUUGUGGACUGCCUCGACCUCGCCAUCCGCUUCUCUUACGCCCGCAAUCUGUACAUGUUCUUCCCGCUCGUGCUCUACUGCUGGAUGCUUUAUCGCAUCCACACCCAGCGCGCCGUCCUCAAGCAGGCCGAGGAGCAGUUGCAGACCUUCCAGCACCUGCCGCGUCCCGAGAAGCUGCGCAACAAGAAGAUGAUUGAGCUGCGAAAGGACAUUAUUCGCGGCGUGUAUCAGCCCUUGCGCGUGUACCCGCUCUUCUUCGUCCUCUUGCUCGUCUCAGACCUCAUCAAAUACUUUGCGUUGAAGCACGACACACUGCAGUCGAUGUGCGCCGCAUACGAGUACACGGAGACGCACCUGGAGGUCGCGCACACGGUGUGGAUCACCUUCAAUGGUCUCGGUAUCCUCAUUGUCUUCUUCUUCGACCCACUCAACAGGCAACGUCUAACGCCGUCGUCGCUGCGCAAGCGCUUCAAGUCCAUCAAGGGCCGGCGUGUGCGCAUUGCCCUCACCGAGAACCAGGAGCACACCGUCACGGCGUGGUCCACAGACACAAAGCACUCGGACUUGCACGCACCGCUACUUGCAGACGACAGAGACCCUGUCAAGGUUGCUCCGUCUCGCAAGCGAAUGAACACGGGCUUCGUGCGCAAGCGCUACAGCGACAACUUUGACGACCUUGAGGAGGGCGACGAAGGCGAGGGGGCUGACUACGAGGCGCAGUGGGGUGAAGUUGAAGACACCCAACACCAACACGAGCACGUGAACGGCGGCAGCGCGACUACUGGACGUGCGGUCCGGUUUGCCGAUGAAGGCAAUGACAAUGAUGGUGGUCCUGGCGAUGGUGGCGAUGGCGUUGUUGAUGCGGGCGUGUCGUUCCAGAUUGGCGGCGGCAAGCGGCGGCAGAAGAGAAAUAGCGGUGCUGGCGGCGGCGAUAGCAGCAGUGGUGGCAAUGGGCAGGGGGGCGAGGAACGCGCGCAGCACGCGCGUGCCGGAGCGGAAGGCGGGGAGGGCGAAGACAGCCGUGAUGUUGACGCCUUGCUCAGCGCAUACGAUUACGAGAACAUUGUGACGUACGAGGACCUGCUUCGAGUGCAGGAGUAUGAGGAGAUGAUGAAGCGCAACACACCGGCCCCGCACCACAAGCGCAGGCAGACCACGCCUGUUGGGCAGACACAGCCAUACAAGGCGCGCCCGGACGGCGUUGGUGGCGAUGGCGGCAGUGAUGUAGCGCCUAGCAAGGGCACAUCGCAAGCAGGCCAGCGGCGCAGCAAGGCGCAGUCUGUCUCGUUUGGAGAUCUCAGUGCACGCGCGUCGGAGGAAGCAGCGGACGCAUCUGCCAGCCAACCGCCACACGAGCAGCAACAGCAGCAGCAACAGCAACAACAACAACGACAGCAGCAGCAGCAGCAAGCGCAACAAGAACAGCAGCGAAGGGAAGGUAACAGUGGCGAUGGUCACGCGAAACAGGCAGGCAAGCCGGGCAAGAAGACAAAGAAGGCGGGCCGGCGCGAUGGGGAGAAGCGCAAGUCGCAGGAGUGGAAGACAGAGGCGUUUGACAGGCAGGAGGACGCGGUGCUGGUGUCGCUUCCCAAGCCGGGCGCAGAGGGCUUUCUCCCGCCACGCCGCGACAGUAUCAUCACCCGGAAGAGCCACAUCAUGCGUGACUCGUCCCACGAUGGCGACACCACCCCGGCGCAACCGAGCGCUGCCACGGAGACAGCAGAAGCGCCCGUGUCACUGCAGGAGCGCGUGGAGAAGGAGGAGGAGAACAAGGGCGGCGAUGGUGGUGAGGCAAGGCUACCUUCACCACCAGGCACGCCCCCGCCCAUCCCGUCUGAUGACGACGACGAUAAUGAUGGUAAUGGUGGUGAUGGUGAUGGUUGCAGUGACACUGCGGCUGUUGCGGGGGAAGACGAAGCAGAAGGGAGGCCAACGACAAGCGGCAGUCUUGAGCAGAGUGUGUACUAUGAUGCGUCCAGCAGUCUGGCCAGUUCGCUACAGUCGCCAGCGCGGACAGGCGAUGGCCAUGGCAACGAUCACGACAAUGAUGCUCACGAGGAUAACGGCGAGGAUGAUGAUGAGUUCAAGACAGCCCUCACGGUGUUGCCGUCCGUGCACGAGCAAGACAAGUAGCUGUGUGAUGAGAGAGGGCGAGAGAAUGAGAGAGUGAGAGUUUGUGCGUAUGUGUGUGUAUGAGUGUGCGCGCAUGAGUGUGUGCGCAUGCGUGUGCGCGCAUGAGUGUGUGUGUGUGUGUGUGUGUGUGUGUGUGUGUGUUCUCUGAAUGAGUGCCAGGUGCGGACCACAGCUUUGUCACCACCCUGUGGGCCUUUUUGUUACUCCCUCAACUGAUGGCGUUUUGGUAUGCGCGUUGCGUGUGCACUUGUUUUGCUGUGCAUCAAAUGGAAGUUGCCGUUCUUGUUGCCGAUAUUCUGUGUACCACCUCUCGCAUUGUGGUUCCUGUUUCUUUGCUCCCCACCAUCAGAGCGUGUUCCUUCGCCCCCCCACCGUCUGUUUGUUCAAGCGUUUACCAUUCGUCCCAGUUCAGUUCAGUUCAGUUCCAAUUCUUUCUUUCUUUCUCUGUGUUUUCCGCGUGUGAAUGUCAUUGUCAAAUCAUAAAUCAACCCCGC